CAUCAGUUGGUCUCGUGUCCGCAGCUCGAGAGGAUGAGUGCUCGAGUGUGUUGUUUGGUGAGUGUGUUUUUCUCGUGUCUGUCCGGAUGCUGGAGCGCAACAGACGCGGCCCCAGGACCGAACUGCACAGCGCAGGGUCACUGUCCGGCGAGGCUGACCGUGGUGCCGUCCAGUCGGGGAUGUGUUUCUGAUAAAGACUGCUCUGGAGGACACAAAUGCUGUGUCUUUGACUGCGGGGCUGUGUGCGUGCCGCCCGCUUUCACAAAGCCAGGAGUGUGUCCAAGCAGAAGAUUCGGGGCAGGAAUGUGUGCCGAGUUCUGUGUGGAUGACAGCGACUGUCCCGGCAGUGAGAAAUGCUGCAGCAACGGAUGUGGACAUGAAUGCACGGCUCCGUAUACGGUGAAGCCGGGUCGAUGUGCUUUACCGAAGGGGACUCCAAUGUGUGCAGAAUACUGUUACCACGAUGGCCAGUGUCCUGCCGAACAGAAAUGCUGCCCAACCACCUGCGGUCAUGCCUGCAGUGAACCGUGCUGAUUUACCCAGAGGAAGACUUGCAUAAUGAUGAUUACUUGAGGGUUUUUUUGUAUUAGCAAAGAUGCUGUAAUAAAUGUAUUGUUCAUUG